AUGCCGCCAAAACGUCCGAUCCGCAACGUGUUCGGCAACGACGACGAUGACGCGUCUACGUCCUACGAAACGCAAGGCGGCACACCGCCAAAGAAACCUCGUUCGGAUGCCAAGCCCAGUGUCCUUCGCGCAGGUGUUCCUCCUCCUGGCCCGGCUGCGGUUAUCCCAGCAGCAACAUCACAGAAUGGAGGAGCCAAUAGCAUUCAGGCGCAAGUGGCGGCGGCAAAGGCGAGAGCACAGGCGCUGAUGAGUGCGAUGCAGAACAAGGGCGCUCCGGGGCCGGCUAUUGGUUCGGCUCCCGCGAGGCCCCCGACAGCGUCGGCGGCUGCGCCAUCGAGGUUCGCGCCUGUCACUGGCGCCAGCAAUGGCAGGGCUAUGCCAAUCACGGCAACAGCAUCGGCAUCGAGACCACCUGCGGGAGGAGCAAGCAGCAUUCAAGCUCAACUCGAAGCCGCUCGUGCAAAGGUGCAGGCUCAGAUGGCAGCGUUGAACAACAAGAACAAAUCUUCUAUGCCAUCGAUCUCAUCUCAGCCGAUACCGCAAGUCAGCAGCGCCUCCAGUCUCAGCGCUUCAAGACCGUCAUCCUCGAUAGCAUCAACGUCAGCUUCAACAGCCUCCUCAUCAACGAAGGCACCGACAGGAAUCCACCCACUGCUUCUUUCCGAGGGACUGCCCUACCGACCAACUGAGGCGAAUAGCAAGGCUUCCUCAAGCGGCGUUUCUUCGACCUACGUCAAGGGCCGAAACAAUGUCCCGCCCGAAUCCAAUCCAUACCUGCAAGCGAGUCGCGGUCUCGCCGCCGAAGCCUCAUCAGAAGGACCCAAGCAGAGGUCGAUGCACAAAGGCUUCCAGUUCCACAAACCAGGGCGACACGUCCGGGAAGCGGAAGAGCUGAGACGAGAACAGCAGAUGGAAGAGCUCAAGAAGCGGAUCGAGGAGAGUGCACGGAAGGCUGGGAUGCAGGAUGAGCUCGGGGGAGACGAGAAGCGUCUAGUCAAGCAACCUCCUCCUGACAUUGAGUGGUGGGAUGUCAACCUGCUCACAUCGAAGUCGUACGACGAUGUGCCCGACACAGACGAUAUCAGCUCCAUGCUCAGUCGUGCCAAGGCGGACAACAGCCCAAUUCUGCUCUAUGGCUCCGACAGCCCCAUCGACCACUACAUCCAGCACCCGAUUCCUAUCCCCGCUCCCUCGGACAAGGGCGCCGUCCAACCUCGCGGUCUCAUGCUCACCAAACACGAACAGCGCAAGCUGCGACGUCAACGCCGUGCCGCCGAACAGCAGGACAAGCGCGAUCGCAUCAAGAUGGGUCUCCUCCCGCCCGAACCGCCCAAGGUCAAGCUGUCCAACCUCAUGCGCGUGCUCACAUCGGAAGCCGUCUCUGACCCCACCAAGAUCGAGGCUCGGGUGCGACGCGAGAUCGCCGCCCGCAAAGAGGCACACGAGCGCCAGAACGCAGAGAGGAAGCUGACGGACGAGCAGAGAAGGGAAAAGGUGGAGAAGAAGAAGGAGCGGGAGGACGAGAAGGGGUUGUACUGCCACGUGUACAGGGUCAAGCACCUGAUUAGCCCGAGGCACAAGUUCAAGGUGAGGAGGAAUGCGCUGGACCAUGGGAUGACGGGCGUGUGCAUCUUUCACCCGUCGAUGGCGCUCGUGGUGGUCGAAGGUAGCGGCAAGGCCGUCAAGGCGUACAAGCGGUUGAUGACGGUCAGGAUCGACUGGACCGAUCCAGGGGCUGAGAACGACGACAAGUCCGAGGAGGAAGAAGAGGAGGUCAAGGAGGAUGCGAACAAGGUCCGUCCAGCCGGAUUCAAGACGUUGACCACGAGUCAGGAGGACGUGGACUGGAGCAGCAACUCGUGCGAGCUCGUGUUCGAGGGGCCGAUCCGGGAGAGAAAGUGGGAAGGUAGAGGGUUCAGAGCGAGAGGCGUGCAGACGGAUCAAGCGGCGAGGGAGGCGUUGGGAGAGGAGUUGCAGGGCUUUUGGGAUGUCGCCAAGCGGGCGGCUCAGAGUCAGGAUGACGGCUUCUAG